AUGUCCAUUGAAGCGAUUGGCGCUCCGGCGCCCACCGUGGCCAUGGACGUUGAACUGCCCGAUCAUAAGCCUAAGCCGGUCGGUCUCCAUUCGCCGCCGGACAGUAACAAUGCCAUGGACGUCGACGGCAGCGACUCGGAACUCAGCGACCUCGAUGAACUCGCCGGCAAACUGGACGACACGUCAAAGGAUGGUCCGAAGCGUGAACCUGAACCCGAGCCCGAACCGCAGCCGGCGGCCGAUGAUAUCGGCGAAAUUCUUCCUGAUCACUGGUCUGGCACAGUACCAGUGUUCAAGCCGACCAUGAAGCAGUUCCAAGAUUUCAAGCUCUUCAUGGAAAAGGUCGACAAAUACGGCAUGAAGUCGGGCAUCAUCAAGAUUAUUGCCCCCCAAGAGUGGAAGGACUCUUUGCCACCAGUGGACGACCUCAUCAAGCAGAUCCGAGUGCGCGAGCCGAUCAAGCAGGACAUAAUGGGAUUCAACGGAACAUACCGACAGGUCAAUAUCCUGCACCAGCGCUCGUACAAUCUACCGCAAUGGAGACAGCUCUGCGAGCAAAGCGAGCAUCAGCCACCCGCGAGGCGAGGCGAGCGACGGGCCAACGCCGAGAGAAAGCCUGCUACCAGGUCUCGCGCGGCUGCCGACCCGACUCCCAGAUCGGCAGCGACUUCCACGCCGACCAAGAAGCGAAGAGGCGGAAGAGUCACUCGAAGGUCGGCAAGGGCUGCCAAAGAAGAGCCCGAAGAGCCCGACGAACGUCCGAUGACGCCGGUGUCGCCAGUGCCAGAAAACGACGAGGUGCUCAAGUCCGUGGAGGAUGACCCUGGCGUCAAGGAGGAGGAAUUCGAAGACGAUGACGAGCCUCCGGUGGUGCGUCGCAUGGGACGUAUCGGACGCAUGGGGCAAUCGAAGCCGAAGACCCAGUCCGUGUCUGCGCGCCGGAAAUACAUCCGUCGCGAAGGUUCGGCCAUGAUCGAUGAGGCUGCAUUCAAGGACUGGGACUAUCGGAUGGAUAUUUCCGAAUUCACACCAGAACGCUGCGAAGAGCUGGAGAAGAUCUAUUGGAAGACCCUGACAUACGCUCCGCCUCUGUAUGGAGCAGAUCUUCCAGGCACCCUCUUUCACGACUCUGUCAAGCUUUGGAACUUGAACAAGCUGCCUAACCUCCUCGACGUCUUGGGCACCAAGGUGCCGGGCGUUAAUACCGCAUACCUGUAUCUGGGUAUGUGGAAAGCGACCUUCGCUUGGCAUUUGGAGGAUGUCGAUCUCUACAGCAUCAAUUACCUUCACUUUGGCGCCCCGAAGCAGUGGUACAGCAUUUCGCAAGCCGACGCCCGCCGCUUCGAGGCUGCCAUGAAGAAUAUCUGGCCGACCGAAGCGAAAGCCUGCGAUCAGUUCCUCAGGCACAAGGGAUUCCUGAUCUCACCGUCACAUCUCAAGCAACAUUACAACAUCACGGUCAACAAGUGCGUCUCAUACCCUGGCGAGUUCGUUGUCACCUACCCUUAUGGUUACCAUUCGGGAUACAACCUCGGUUACAACUGCGCUGAGGCAGUCAACUUUGCCUUGGAUAGCUGGCUACCGAUGGGCAAGAUCGCCAAGAAGUGCCAGUGUGCCCAGGCGCAGGACAGUGUUUGGGUCGACGUCUACGAGAUUGAGCGCAAGCUGCGCGGCGAGGAGACUGAGUAUGAGGAGACGGAAGAUGAGGACGAAGAAGAAGAGGAUGAAGAGGACGACACUGGUCUUCCCAGUCCACCUUCGAGCCACACCGUCAGAGUCAAAAUUUCCGGUCGGAAACGCAAGCGAACGGCCAACGAAAAGGAGCCACGGGCGAAGACGAAGAAGAUUCGCUUGCGGCUCAAGCCACAUGUCGAGGCCCCCUGUUGUCUCUGCCCCAACGACAUUCCUGGCGCCGAGAUCAUGAACACCGACGAUGGCCGCAAAGCUCACCGCAUGUGCGCUCUUUACCUUCCCGAGACGUACAUUGAGACCCUGGAUGGAAAGGAAAUUAUCGCCAACGUGGCCGGCAUCGACAAGGCACGUUUGGAACUCAAGUGUCUUUACUGCCGUUCCAAGAAGGGCGCAUGCUUCCAGUGCUCCCAGAAGAAAUGCCCUCGUUCCUAUCACGCAACCUGUGCGGCAGCUGCUGGCGUCUUUGUGGAGGAAGGGGAAGUGCCAGUCUUUGGAGAGGAUGGGACCGAAUACAAGGAGCAAGCGUUUGAGUUCAGCUGCCGGUUCCAUCGGACCAAGAGGGAGAGGAAGCUGGAUGGAGAGGUCUUGGAGGACGAUCCGCGGAUCCGGGAGGCCGCGAAGGCCCUCCAGAAGAACGACAUCUGCCAGUUGCAGUAUUAUCGCGGGGAGAUCUUUGCUGGCGUGGUGGUCGAGAACCGUCUGGAUGAGGAGACACUCCUUCUCGACAUCAUCCCUAAUGGUGAUCGGGUCGAAGUGGAAUGGAAGUGGCUGCGGCUGCCCGACCCUGAAGAUUUCCGUCUUCCCAAGGCUUCGCCGAAUGCUAUUCCGUUGCCGACUUGCAGGAAGGCACAGAAGGAGAUUAACGCCAAGAGGGCCGUCGACGAAGCUCCAAGAAAAGAUGACGAGUUUGUUUCCGGAUUCACGUGGGCCGAGUUUCACUUGGGCGACGCGGUCAACAACCAUGCGCAGGUCAAGAUCGACUUUGCCAAGGAGAACCAGGUCUGGCACUACCUGGGCAAGACCUCUACAGAGGCCAAAGCCCAGUACACGGAUGACCCGUCGCGACCGUGGUAUAACCCUAAGGGCAAUUUCCUGGAUACCAUACCGAAGCCGCUUCCCCCGGUGCGGAUGCCUCUGGUCCCUCAAUCGGGGCCGUUGGUGCCCGGAGCGUAUGCAAACCAUCCGCCGCCUUCAAGGGUGCUGCCAGCAGUCGCCACGGCGAAACAGGAGAAGCCUUACGUCUACAAGCCUAGGAAGCCGGUUGCGCCAAGUACUACACAACAUCAUGUUCCGUUCACGUCAGAUAUGUUUGCUGUCAGCACGCCUUCACCCACUUCAGCGUUCCAGCAGUUCCAGCCUCAACCAGUGGUACCAAGACCACAAGCCCAGCCGACAUUUCACCACCACGUAUUCCCUCGACAUUCCCAGCCACAAGUUCAGCAGCCGCAACAGCAACAGCAAUUGCAGCAGCAGCAGCAGCAGCCUUACCUUCAUGUAAGGCAGCGCGAACCAUCCACUUUCGACCUUCAGCCCAAGACCUCACCGGCAAUGUAUUCGUCGGAUCGUUUCGCGCCCGUCGGAGGUAGGCAAUCUGUUCAACCUCAGCCAAGAGCCUGGCCUUCAUCGAUGGGUGCGGGUGCUCCUGUACCGCAGCAAUCUGCGCCGAUGACUUCGUCAGCUUUGGGAUCUCCGAGUGUUGGCGGCCCGCAGGCUGGAGGACAACCACAGAUGCGUGCCUACCAAAAGUACAGCUUUUUCCAAGUCAACCACAACAGGGACUCAUCGAGAUACCGCACACCAUAUGGACAAUGGGGCGGGUUCACGAACGGCUAUGAAGGGAAUCUCAGAGAAUUUCUGAUUAAGGCGCAGAAAGCGCUCUCGGGAGGGUCCAGCAAGGGCCCCAUCAAGCAGGUGCCCGCCUCGUUGCUGCAGCCUUUGCGACCACGAUUCGAUACUCCUCCAGCGAACGCCUCUCCGUAUUCGCAAAUCCGCCCUCGUCCACCUGCCCAACCUCCGCAGUCUCCCUCGCCCCAUACUCCGAUCCCGGCGGCGGCACCGUCUCAGGCGCCCGUGUACCACAACCAGGGCCAUCCGAUACAAACCCCUUCCGGUGGUCAGCGCUUUGAGGUCAGGCAAUUCAAGACCCAGCCACAAAGUGGGGCAUCGCGGCCGCAACAUGCAAGCCAGUCCGGUCAUCACGUCUGGCAACCGACACCUCAGCCGGCAACUUCGGCACCUCCGCAGCCGGCGCAGGCGAAACAGCCCCUCACGAAACAGAGCCAUAGCCCAAUUCCUUUGCCGCCAUAUGUCAAACAGAUGGCCGGCCUAUCACCAAACGCCGUACCGCCAUCUCUAGGGCAGCGUCCCAAUCCACCAGCCCCACUUCCUCCGCCUCAGAAUCCCUUUACAGCAGACACUCCAUCAACUCAACCAUUUCCACGGGCUGAAGCAACCCCUGCCCCGGGCCCUGUCCCAAACCUACAAUUACACCAAAGCGCGCAACAAGGCCAAUGGACAGCAACACCUGGCCAGGCCAGCUUUACACCAGUCCCAGGCUGGGCAUCUCAAACGGGCGUGCUGGCACCGAAUCCGGCAACACAUCAAUCAGCCCCAACAAACGGGCAAAUUUGGUCUUUAACACGUCGGCUGCAACAACCGCCGCCGCUAGUCCAACAGGAAGCUCCAAUUGCUCCCCCGCCGGCCACAGCUAACGCCGCCCAAGAUGACCACUCGGCGGCGUUGGUGGAGAAGAUGAUGAUCAACCUGAGGAGGGCGAGCGAAAACUUUGGGAGGCUGGAAUCAAGGCCGGGUCAUCAGAGCUUGCAUGUUGCUGAGGGAGGAGGGCUGGGUCAAAGCCAGAGUCAGGGUCAGGAUCAAACAUAG